AUGCUAGACAGAGUACAACUACAACUCAAUCAAAAUGACAUCAUACUACGUCCCAGUCAACAUGGUUUUACUAGUGGCCGCUCUACUACAUCGGCUCUGAUAUCCAUCACACAGCCAUGGUUUAAUGCUACUGACAAUACCUGCCGUGACAAAGCAGGCAUCCAUGCCUUCUUUAUCGACUUUAAAAAAGCCUUUGAUCCAGUUGAUGAUGGGAUUCUGUUGAAUAAACUUGCAUUGUUGAAUGUUAAAGAGUUUCAUCGAUCGAGGGUUGCCCAGCUGGAGUACCGUAAGGAUCUGCUCUUUCGCCGACUUUAUUUAAUAUCCACAUUGACGACUUAGAUACGAAUGUUCCUGAAGAUCUUGAGGUGAGCACAUAUAAAUAUGCCGAUGCUGCACACAAAGUGAAUUCAUCAUGAAGGGAGAGUGUAGCAACAUGCAGAAAGUCUUAGACGCCGUUCAGAACUGGUCAAACGCUAAUAGAAUGAAGUUGAACGCAAAGAAAACGAAAGAUAUGUGGAUUUGCUUUGGGAAAUCUAUCCCACAGCCUCCAAAUCUUUAUAUCGGGGAUGUUAUGAUCGAAAGAGUUAGUUCAUUCAAGUUACUUGGUGUUAGCUGUCAAAGUAACAUGAAAUGGAAUUCUCACAUCAAAGAAAUUACUCGUAAGGGAAACAGGAGACUGUGUCAUCUAAGGCAGUGCAGGAAGGCUCACCUUCCUACUGAAGUAGGAUUGGCAAUUUACUGUACCAAAAUUCGUCCACUGGUGGAAUAUGCCGCACCAGUUUGGGGUGGCCUACCUCACUAUUUAGUGAACGUCCUUGAACGUAUUCAAAAGAGAAGCUUACGUAUUAUUGGUUUACCGGUCGAUACACUUCCCCCGCUUAGUGAGAGAAGAGAUAAGCUAACUCUUCGAGAAAUGGAGGCAAUUACUCAGGACGUAAACCAUCCCUGUCACCACCUUGUCCCUAUCGCACAGAAGCAUGACUAUUCCACUAGAACUAAAGAAAGAGGUUCUAAUGUAGGUCGCAUUAUUUCCAGAACCGAAAGACAUAAAUCAUCGUUUAUGCCUCGUGCAGUUACACUUUUUAAUAAUAAACUUUAAAUUACUACUGUAAUAAACGGUUCUGUAAUGUAGGUUGCAUUAUUCUCUGAACUGAAGGACAUAAUCGUC